UUACAACGACUUUUUAUCUAGAGAAAGAUCGAGAGAGUGAGAGGCGAGCAGAGAAAAUCAAAGAGAGAGAGAAAGAGUGUAGAGAGAGAAAGUUGAAGAGAAAUGGGAAAGAAGGCAGUGCUGAUAGGUUGCAACUACCAGGGGACGAAGGCAGAGCUGAAGGGAUGCAUCAACGACGUGAAGAGGAUGUACGCUUGCCUUGUGGACCGGUACGGCUUCUCGGAGGACGACAUCACUGUCCUCAUAGACACCGACGACUCCUACACACAGCCCACCGGUGCCAACAUCCGCCACACUCUCACCGCUCUCAUCAGAUCGGCGGAGCCCGGCGACAUCCUAUUCGUCCACUAUAGCGGCCACGGCACCCGCCUCCCCGCCGAGACCGGCGAGGACGAUGACACCGGCUACGACGAGUGCAUCGUCCCAACUGACAUGAACCUCAUCACAGAUGACGAUUUUAGGGAGUUUGUAGACCUGGUACCAGAUGGUUGCCGUAUAACUAUUGUGUCAGAUUCGUGCCACAGCGGUGGUCUCAUUGACGAGGCUAAAGAGCAGAUUGGGGAGAGCCAUAAGAAUACUGAUGAGGAGCAGCAAUCGGGUUUUGGACUCAAAAACUUCUUGCAUCGAACCGUGGAAGAUGCAAUCGUGUCUCGUGGAAUACACCUCCCUUUAGGAUUGCGCCACCACCGUGGCCAUGACAAUGAGGAAGAUGUUUAUGACAGAGAAGUCCAAGCAGAAUAUGGUGAUCGAGGCUAUAUCAAGAGCAGAGAUCUGCCUAUUUCAACUGUUAUUGAGAUACUUAAGCAGAAAACUGGUAAGGAUGACAUUGAUGUUGGGAAGCUGCGGCCGACCCUUUUUGAUAUCUUUGGAGAAGAUUCAAGUCCUAAGGUGAAGAAGUUCAUGAAAUUCAUCGUGAACAAAAUCCAACAUGGUGAUGGUGAUGGCAAGGGUGAAGGUGGUGGUUUUUUUGGGAUGGUUGGAAACCUAGCUCAGGAGUUCCUCAAACAGAAACUUGAAAAUGAUGAGGGCUAUGCAAAACCUGCCUUGGAAACAGAAGUUGGCAGCAAGCAAGAGGUUUAUGCCGGAUCAAGCAAGCGGGCACUUCCUGACGGUGGCAUUCUGAUUAGCGGCUGUCAAACCGACCAAACUUCUGCUGAUGCUAGUCCUUCUGGCAAUGCUGACGAAGCCUAUGGAGCUCUCAGUAAUGCAAUUCAGAUCAUUAUCGCUAAAACAGAUGGUAAUGUCACUAAUGAGGUGCUCGUUUCUGAGGCCAGAAAGAUGCUCAAUAAGCAGGGUUUCACUCAGCGUCCAGGCCUCUAUUGCAGUGACCAUCAUGUGGAUGCCCCUUUUGUGUGCUGAUAUGGAAAGUCUAAAGGUGUAAAGCAUAAAGUAAUAAUUCCAGGUUUUUGUAAGUUGUGUGUGGAGUGAUUGUUUCUGGUGGAUAUUGUCUGAUAAUUUUAUAGGGUUUGUAGACUUGUGUGGAGUGCUCGUAUUGCUUUGAUGGUGGCUGAUAAUCUACUGGAGAACUUUCACUGAUUGCAAAUAAAUUUUGAUGCAGCCAUAUUGAAUGAUAAUGCAGUGUUGCGACUAUUAUUAGUUA